AACUGCUCCUAUAUUGUAUUGCAAGAAAGAAAUCUCCGGCCAAACACACAAGAGGCGGAGGAGCCAAUCUCCACGUACGCGCGUGCGUACGUCCCGAUUCACCACGCUAGCUGGGGCGUCCCGCAGCUUUCGCGUGCCUAACGAACGAGCACGAUGAUGUGGCAGGACAUGAUGGCCCUCGUUGCUAUCCUCGUCGCGGCAUUGGGCGUCUGCCUAAUCUGGUGCAUGGCACCAGCUGCAGAGGUGGUGGAACAAGGACAUAACGUGCCCCCCACGGGUCGAUGGAGGGGGAGGUGGCCGGGCUCGCAGCGGCAAAGGCCGGCGCCGGCGGCGCGGGUCGUCGUGGGGAAGCCGCAGCAGCUGGUCUACUUCUCGUACCCCGCAGCGCCCGACGCGGAGGGCGGCGGAGGGACGGCCGGAGCGUCGGUGGUGGUGUGCGCCAUCUGCCUGGAGGCGCUGGUCGCCGGGGCGGAGUGCAGCGAGGUGCCGGCGUGCCGGCACGUGUUCCACCGUGGCUGCCUCGCGCUGUGGAUCAAGAGCAAGAGCACCUGCCCGCUCUGCAGGGAGCUUGUCGUGGCAGGGUCAGAACCCAUCACGGCUGCCGAGGCCAUGGUUUAGCUUUAUACUUAGCUGGGUGCGGGGUCUAGGUCUGGCUCUUGCCGACGGAUGAUGAAGCUGUUGUUUGCUACCCUUUCAGAUCAACCAAAGCGCCCAUCACAUACGUGGAUCUAGUGUCCGUUCUGCAUGCAUGCACGCAUACACAUCACAUGUUUGGUGAAGCCUCGCUGAAUCCCUACGCAGGCAGAGACGAGUUAGAGACUUUGGCUGGCGUAGGUGGAGAGAGGGAUUUAGUUAGAGACGAGCCAGGAGGUCUUGAGCUUAAUACUGCGUUGGCAGGGUUUUAAACUCAAGACUUUCUGGCUCGGCUAUCAUACUGAAUCCGUGAAUCAGUCAAUUGCUCCAAAAGUCCAAACUGACGGAAAGAGUAUUUAGUCUUUAGAUUAGAGGUGGGAUCAAUGUAGGCCGCAGUGUCUUCAACUCAAGACAUUUUGGCUUAAAUACCAUAUAGAAUUCAUGCUUAGCAAGCUCAUUCAAAAGUUCGAACUGAUAGAGAGAGGCCGGCAAUAUAUUUCAACAUGGUCGACGCUGGACCACAUGUAUAUGUACAUAGACAACAUGCCAUUUUUUCUUCAUGUCGGGAACUUAUUAGUAGACAACAUACAAUUGUAACCGUGAAAAUUAAGAAAGGAAUUAAGUUGAUGAGGGGGACGAUACGU